GUCAACAACUGGUCCGGGAGGAAGCAAAGUGUCAUUAGCUCUCUGCUUACUUCACCGAGCGUGCAGAGAGUCACAUUUGUUUACAUAUUUCCUUUUCUAGCGCAAGGCUCGGUUUCUUUUUUUAAACGCUCCCGUCGUCGUUCACGUUUUCCCCACGCAGCCAUGGGCGACAAAGUUACGGAGGCGAGCUCACGUUAGCAAACUGGAUGUCUCUCUGUCAGUUGUUGGAAGUUGGCUAGUCCCCCGAGCUAGCAGCUACGUAGCUAACGUGAGCACAGUGAGAGAGGACGGAGCUGCUGUUUACAGCCUGAGCUGGAAACAAUACCUGCUGUAAAACGUGAAGAGGCUGCUUUGUUUCGGACGUGACGAGCUGGUUGAGUUGUCCGACCAUGGAUCCGUUUGACAGCAACAGCACAGGAGAGCGGGCCAACCUGCCGAGGAACAUGAUUGAGAACAGCAUGUUUGAAGAAGAGCCUGAUGUUGUGGACUUGGCCAAAGACUCCGCCGCGUUUCCGACGUUUCCUGCUCUCGACCCAGAUGAGGUGGCAUACGAGCCUCGUAGCUCACGGUUGCUUGUGCGAGGCCUGGGGGAGAAUGAUAUGGACGAGGAUGAGGAGGACUGCGAGUCUUCAGCUCGUCUGCUAGGCAUGUCCUUCAUGAACCGUAGCUCUGCUCACAGAUCCAGCUCCUCUCCAUACACCAGGCAGGCUCCACCCAGGUCAUGUUCACGGCCCUCAGCCCGCACCAUGGUUGUAUGUGUGUUAUUCUUGGUGAUAGUGGCCUCUAUGACGAUGGUACUGUACUUCUUACCUGGAUGCACCUUUACCAAGACGGGUUGUCGUAAGCCAAACAAAACCACUCCCUUCGAGCCAGUCUACCCUGUGUCCACAAAUGGUGAACUGUUUCCAUGGGCACAGUACCGGCUGCCUCAAAGCUUGCAUCCUCUCAGCUAUAACAUCACCCUGAGCCCCAAUCUCGACAGUAUGACCUUUACCGGCUGCACUGUUAUCACCAUGAUUGUGCAGCACAACACCAAGCGCAUUGUCCUGCACAGUGCUGGUCAUAACAUCACCAAAGCUACUUUCAAGCUGGGCGAAGGGGAGCCCAGGGAUGUCACUGUAUUGGAGUACAAACCCAAACAGCAGAUAGCUGUAAAGUUCUCCGAGGAGCUGAAGGCAGGCCAGACCUGUGUUUUGACCCUGGAUUACUCGGCCAACCUCUCACACACCUAUGACGGUUUCUACAACAGCUCAUACACAGAUAAAGAUGGAAACAAGAGGGUACUAGCUGCAACUCAGUUUGAGCCGCUGUCAGCUAGGAAGGCCUUUCCUUGCUUUGAUGAACCAGCUUUUAAAGCAACCUUCCUAAUCAAAAUCAAACGAAAACCAGCCUACAUGACUCUUUCCAACAUGCCUAAGGCUCAAACCACAAAACUUUCCGAUGACCUUUUCCAAGAUGAGUUUGAAAAGACCAGUGUCAACAUGAGCACCUACCUGGUGGCCUUCGUUGUUGCUGACUUCACCCCUAUCAGCAAAAAUGUCUCAGAAACUCUGGUGUCUGUGUACUCUGUACCAGAGAAGAAGGAGCACACUGACUAUGCUCUUGACACGGCCACCAAACUGCUGGAGUUCUACAAUAACUUCUUUGAAAUUACCUACCCCCUCAAAAAACUAGGUGAGUACACACAGGCACUUGAACGUUAUCUAUUCCUCCUCCGAUUGUUUCUUUUUUCCCUUCUUUCUACACACACCCUGAUAUGCUCCCUCUCUCCUUUGUCAGAUUUGGUUGCCAUCCCAGACUUCCUGGCAGGAGCCAUGGAGAACUGGGGACUCAUCACGUUCAGAGAGACCAGCCUGCUGGUGGGCAAACAGUCCUCUACUCUUGAAAAACAAGUAGUCGCCUCCGUCAUAGCUCAUGAACUCGCCCAUCAGUGGUUUGGAAAUUUGGUAACGAUGAGCUGGUGGAAUGACCUGUGGCUCAAUGAAGGCUUUGCCACUUACAUGCAGUACAUGUCACUGCAGACAGUGUUGCCCAAACUGGACAUUGGUAAUUUGUUCCUGGCUGUUCGGUUCAGAGCUUUGGACAAAGAUGCACUAAACUCUUCCCACGCUGUGUCGACUGAGGUGAACACACCGGAACAGGUGGAAGAGAUGUUUGACUCUGUCUCCUAUGAAAAGGGUGCAUCCAUUCUCCUGAUGCUGAACGCCUCCCUGCCAGGCGACCAACAGUUCAGGAAGGGUAUCAUGUUAUACCUAAAAACUUUCAGUGGAUUAAACACGGACACUGACAACCUCUGGAACAGUCUUACACAGGUCGAGGUCCCAACACAGCACCUGAAUGUGUCGAAGAUGAUGAGCUCAUGGACGUCACAGAAAGGCUUCCCGUUGGUCACUGUAAGCCGCAAGGGUGAUGAGGUGACCCUCACACAGGAGCAUUUCCUCCUCACAUCUGAAAAUGCCACGCGUACUUCCAGCUUGUGGAAUAUUCCAGUGACGUACGUAAACGACAGCUGUAGCUUGGACCCCCGCUGCCGACAGCUGGUCACGCUGGAGACCAAAUCAGAGUCAUUUAAGCUGCCAGAAAGUGUCAAGUGGCUGAAGUUAAACUAUAGAAACACAGGAUUCUACAUUGUUCACUAUGGAGACGAGGGCUGGGCUGCUCUCAUAGAUGCUUUGUCCAAAAAUGUCAGUGUUCUUACACAUGAAGACCGUGCCUCACUCAUACACAACAUCUUUGCUCUCAGCAGAUUGGGUCGUGUGUCAUUCCAACAUGUUCUCAACCUGUUGAACUACAUGCCCAAUGAAACAGAGACUUCUCCUGUAACAGAGGCCUUGUUGCAGCUCAACAAUAUCUACCAGCUGCUCGACAAAAGACAGGAGCAAUAUCUCGUGGCCCGCAUGAAGAACUACAUUAUGAGUCUUUUUGGUUCAUUGAUGGACAAUCAAACAUGGACAGAGGAGGAGAGUGUGUCUAAGCAGGAGCUUCGCUCAGCCCUGCUAGAGACGGCCUGCGGUCUGAAAAGAAUAAACUGCAUUAAAAAAGCCAAAGCUCUGUUCAAACAGUAUGUCGAGUCCAACGGGACCUUCAGGAUCCCAGGCGAUUUGCAGCAAGUCGUAUUCAGUGUGGCUGCUCAAUCAGAUGAAGAUUGGCCGAUUUUGCUCAACAAGUACGGACAUGCCACCUAUGAUUCAGAGAAGCGCAAAAUGCUACGGGGCCUAGCGUCCACUCAGGAUGUACGGAGGAUUGUAUGGAUUCUAAAGGCAGGUCUGAAGGGGGACCCCAUCCAGACACAGGAGCUGCCUUUGGUCAUCAACGCUAUCUGCAAUGGCUUUGCAGGCUACCUGUUCGCCUGGGAUUUUAUACAAGAGAACUGGGACAGCCUCAUAGAGAAGUUCCAUGUGGGCUCCUUUGCCAUCCAGACAAUCGUUAAAUCUGCCACCUCCCAGUUCUCCACAAAGGCACACCUUGAUCAAGUGCAGGGGUUCUUCUCUAGUCUGAAGGAGCGCGGCUCUCAGAUGAGGAGCGCUCGGGAAGCUUUGGAAACCAUCAGGCUGAACCAGCGGUGGAUGGACAACAACCUGCCUAUGCUCCAAAGAUAUCUGUAAUAGAGGUGCUACUAACCGGCAGCCCGGGGCACGUCGCCAGGACAACAGCAGUGUUUGCACUAUUGUAGGACCUUGUCUCUUAACUCCCUUUAUCCAGGCCAGAGUGCUAAUCAAAGCCAGAAGUUUUGCUCUACCUGGGUGUGGACAAGGUGGUUCAUUUUUGGUCCUGUAAGUUGUAUUUGCUAGCUCAGGGUGGCUCUGAUUGUGUGUCUGACAGGGAGUUGUCAGAUGCAAACAUACACUCCUCACACUUAAUGCUGUCGACCAAACCUCUCCACUGCAGCAUUCAUCUAAACCUCAUGCCUGAGCAGACAAUCACGCUUCAUCCACAGUCCUUUCGCUCACCCCACUGUAUGAGCUCUAUAGUGGCCUCUAGGGAUGUUUCUGAUGACUAAAUGUCGCUGAUGUUUUAAACGCAGACUAGUUGACAAGUCUAAAAGUAAGAAAAUACUCAGAACAGUCAAAACUGAGCAAAAAUUACAAACCGCACACACAGCCAGGCUUCACAAGUUACAUACUCCGGUAUAUCCUGUUACAGGAAGAGAGAGAUCACUCUCAUUUUAACUUGAUUGUUGUGGGAUAACUUCUUGUACAUGAUGCCUUUCAAGUUUUUAUCAUAUUGUAUUUUUAUUAUAUUAUUGUUGUUUUCCAUCACUGACUUAACUUGGAUUAGCUUUGUAAUGUGAUCAGUGAAGUUACAGAGCAGGUAUGCUAAUGUUACCACAGCUAACUAAACAGCUGUCAGUCAGCAUUAAGAAUGGCAGGUAUUUUCUAAUGUGAUAGCUAGGUUCUCACUCCUUAGUGUUAUCGUACCUUAACACAUCUCAAAUCCCAAAGUGGACGGCAAUACUGCAUAAAGAUGCAACAGUUAACUGGUGUUUUACAUGAAUAAAAUAUUAUAAAUAGUUUAACAGACUAUUAUUUAUGAUGUAGCAACAUGUAUAUCAGCUACUCGACUAGUCACCCACAUCCCUAAUGGCCACUUCAAAAAGAGCAGGUUUGAAGAAUGUCAACGUGACUCUCUUUAGUGACUUUACUGUCUGUGUUUGUCUUUCUCUCAACCAUCGGAUAUAUAUGUACAUGAAGCUGUCAGGGAUUCUUUGGCGAUGAAAAGUUGAAAUACCGGUACUUGCGAAAUUAUUCUUAGGAUUAAAAUGACCUUUUUAUGGCUGAAAAUAUGUAGAAACAACAGCUGCUUGCCAUUCUGAACUCUACCUUCUCAUGCCACCUGAAGCAUUUAUAAUUUUAGUCAUGGUUUGGCUAGAAGAUUGGUUGAUUGAUUUAUAGCUAAAAAUACCAAACUUGUGUUGGCAUCAAUUGAAUGUACUGAAAAACCUUCCCACUGUGUACAGUAGAUGGCGUACUGCACAGUAGUGCAGGUUUAAAUCAACAACCAAUGUGUCUUAUGUGAGAGCGGGCAGUGCACACUGGAGCCAAAUGUUAAUUUUUUUUUUUUUUCUUUCUUGCUUGCUAUACCAUCAUAAACCUGGUUUAGCGCUGAUAAACAUUUAAUUGAUUUCUGCCUGCAGUGCGGUCACUGUACAGAUUUCAACUCCAUGUGCUUGUAAACUUGUAAUUAUAAUGUAAAUAAUUUAUGCUCAACCCUUCAACGUUUUCCCCUAUGAUUUUUGGAUGUACUGUUUUAAACAUCUUGACUUUUAACAUUUUAAGAUUGCUUUGUGUUAUGUGUAUAUAGAGUGUAAAGAGGAGAUCUAUACAUAGAAUUGAUCAGGAGUAUUGGUCAAAUACUCUCAUUGUAUUUCCUGAUUUAGACCACCCCAAAGAGGGUAUUUGCUGAUGAAUGUUUGUGUUUUAAGGGCUAGUGUGCAUAUUGAAGUGUGUAGAUGAAUAUCUAUAUUGGACACGACUAAUCUGUCCAGUAAGAUGUUGCUUAUUAGCCAAAUAAAAUAAGAAGGUUUAAAGUAACUCCAAUGUUAACUGGCCGUUGCUCCUGAGAAUCAAGAGUAGUCUAUUUAUUGAGAGAAUGUCCAAACAUGUUUUCCCAACUUGUGUUCCAAGGUUUUAUUUAAAUGCAGUGGUACACUCAUCUUGAGCUUUAUUUAAAAUGGUACUGCUUACUUACCCACUCCAUCACUCUCAUGAUAUUCAGGAUAAUCAAGUAAAUAUACUGCAGAUUUAGUCACAUACUUGUUUUUUGUUGUUAUAUUAUUCUUCUGAAGCCUCUUUGUGUCAUUCAUGUAAAAAAAAAAAAUGUGUCUGCAAGAUGUUCACACUUGAUUAUUACCGAUGUGUGUCACAAGAUUUGGUUACUGUUAUGUCUUGCUUGUGUUGCAGUAAACAUAAUUGACCCUGUACACGGAUAAGAAACCUUUUGAAAUGGUCAUGUGUUUUUGACUCCAGUGACUUCCACUCGUUGGUCAAAGUGGUUGUAAGGAUGGGUGGGAUCCAAGAAGGGGACCAGACAGCGUAAAGCCCGGUGGAUAGGGUGGGAAAAAACAAAAUAAAACACUCCAUGUGUAACUUCAUUGUAGUUGGAGGUUAUCAACAAUGUUAUCAUUGACUUAUUCCAUCCAGUCCCUCAUGGUUUUAUAUUCUGACAUUCACCUUUUAAAGACACAUCCUAUACUUUUAUGUGCUGGCUAAUGGUCAUUCACACUGUUUAAUUGUGAAAAGGUGUCGUCUGUCUUCAACACUUUUCCAGCUGCCAGCAAUCAGAUUAAUUAAUCCACUCUAUUGAGACGCUUUGGUUUUCCACCAUAUUUGGAUUAGAAACUAUGAGGAUGUAUGAAGUCAGUUGCAAUAAGCUUUCAGAGACGAAUGUUGACUGAUGUCAUUCAGGUGCAGGGUUCAGUCAAAGUUGGUUAUGUAGCCGGUUUAUGAUAAUUGAGUACCACAUGUAGUAAACCCAAUCAGACUGUCUUUGUUUUUGCACUGGGAUGAAAUGCUGCAGAUGCUUUUGAAACUAUGUUGCUUUACAUGUGAACAAAAUAUAAAUAAAAGUUGUUUUCUGAA